AUGAGGAGCCUCGUUUUUUAUUCUCUCGCGCUACUCGGACUUUGCGAGGCGGCUAUAUACGGCAGUCCCCAGAACGAACUCGCCAGCUGGGCCCCCCCUCUCGGAAACGACACAAGUUGCUCACAUCCCCGGCCAAACACAUGCACAUUCUACUCAAACUGCCUCGAGAAGCAGGAGCAAUGCGGUUCUAAUGGCUAUCCGAUCGGCUACGGCCUCCACUAUUGUUCGCUUUUCACCAAAGUGCGGUCUGAAAUGUCAGAGAGCGGCCAGACGUGGAUCACGAACACCAUGCUGUGCCUACAACGCGAUCUCAUUCCGUACGGUACAGGAGCGAAGUCGGCGACCUGCGCCGACCUGAAAAAGAUCGCGUUCGGGACGCAUCCGCGCUGCUACGUCGGCCAAGGCAUAUGCAAGCUGCCACCAUCGGACUGGGUCACCAUCGUCAACACGAUUAGCUUGCGGGUGCUAUUUGGAAGCUGGGACUCACUGAAGCAGGUAUUGGAGACUGCGGGAGACUGCGCCGAAUUUUACUCGUGGUUGAUCGAGAAUGAGUUCUCAUCAAUGUUUUGA